CAAUGUCCCCCGUGUGCGCUUCCUCCCUCCCUUCCUGCCCCUCGCCUCCGUGCAGGGGCAGCUCCCCGAGGCUGGGCUGGUGCAGUUGGAGGCUUUGGUGGGGGGCGGUUGGGGAGAGUGCCAAUGUUUUGCCAACCAACUGGACACCUGGCUUCCCAAAAGCUCAAAUGCAUGUUUUCUAAGCUUGGCAAGUCAAGAUCAAAAUGAAGUUAUAAUAAAAAUCCAUGUGGAUUUCUAAUUUGGAGUCUGAGGUUCAAGACAAAGAUGAAUCUGCGUUCUGUAUUUACUGUAGAACAACAAAGGAUAUUACAGCGUUAUUAUGAAAAUGGAAUGACAAAUCAAAGUAAAAAUUGCUUUCAGCUCAUAUUGCAGUGUGCACAAGAAACUAAGCUGGACUUCAGUGUAGUCAGGACGUGGGUUGGCAAUAAACGAAGGAAGAUGAGCAGCAAGAGUGCUGUAGAAUCUGGGGGCACUCCCCCAGGGACUGUCCCUACUACUCCCUCAGUACCUCCAGAAGCAGCAGUUAGAAACGUGGUAAAUAUUGCUCGAUCCCAAAGUCAGCAGUCUUCUUGGACUUCUUCUAGUAACGAUGUAAUAGUUACUGGUAUAUACAGUCCUGCUAGUUCAACCAGUAGGCAAGGAUCCACCAAGCAGGUGAACACUUCAAUGGCAGAAAUACAUAAAACCUCUAUUCCACGACUACCAGGAAAAAAUGACACAGAAUUUCAGCAGCAGCACAUCCCUAUAGGACGACAAGUACCACAUUGUAAAAAUGCUUCCCUGUUAGUGGGAGAAAAGACUAUUAUUUUAUCUAGGCAAACAAGUGUACUGAAUUCUGCGAACUCCAUAUAUAGUCACACUAAAAAAAGCUAUGGUGGUUCAUCAGUCCAGACUGCAGAGUUGGUGUUACCUCAGAAGCCCAUGAUAUGCCACAGGCCCUGUAAAGCUGAACCCGUGGGAUGUCAGAGGUUACAAAAACCGGAACAUGCAGCUCUCGCAUCGCAUGUGCCCCCUGGACAAAGGGCUAAUACCAGGGACCCUUCUUGUAGCACACAAAACCUGGAAAUCCGUGAAGUGUUUUCUCUGGCAGUUACAGAUCAACCUCAGAGAAUUGUGGCAGGAGGUGCAGCGCAGAAGCAUUGCUCGGUGGAAGGCAGCUGUCUGUCCAUCGCGAUGGAAACCGGAGAUGUGGAUGAUGAAUAUGCUAGAGAAGAAGAGCUGGCAUCCAUGGGAGCACAAAUACAAAGCUAUUCAAGAUACUGUGAAAGCAGCAGUUCUGUUCGAGUAGAGAACCAAAGUGCAGCUUUGUCUGGGCCUGGAAGAAAUGUGAGCUGUAGUUCACAGAUGGUGAAUGCCAGGGACGUGCCUGACAACAUUCUCUACCAUAACAGAGACUACCACUUGCCUGCACGGACCUCAUUACAUACAACAUCCAGUACAUUAUAUAACAGUGCUAACCCAUCAAGAAGUACCUUUUCUCCUCAUUUUACAUCUUCAAGUCAACUGAGGCUGUCACAAAACCAAAAUAAUUACCAGAUUUCAGGAAACCUUACUGUGCCUUGGAUUACAGGUUGUUCCAGAAAAAGAGCAUUACAGGACCGCACACAAUUUAGUGACCGAGAUUUAGCUACCCUAAAGAAAUACUGGGACAAUGGUAUGACCAGCCUGGGCUCAGUCUGCAGAGAGAAAAUUGAAGCUGUGGCUGCAGAAUUAAAUGUUGACUGUGAAAUAGUGCGGACUUGGAUUGGGAAUCGAAGACGGAAAUAUCGUUUAAUGGGGAUUGAGGUCCCACCCCCUAGAGGAGGUCCUGCUGAUUUCUCUGAUCAAUCUGAAUUUGUUUCUAAAUCAGCACUUAAUCCAGGAGAGGAAACUGCUACUGAAGUGGGGGAUGAUAAUGAUAGGAAUGAUGAAGUAUCAAUCUGCUUAUCUGAAGGAAGCUCACAAGAAGAGGCAAAUGAAGCUCUUCAAAAUGAAGAAAUUGGUCACAAAGAUGAUGACCAGAAUCCAGUGUCUACUGAUAAUGUGAAAAUAGAAAUUAUAGAUGAUGAAGAAAGUGAUAUGAUAAGUAAUUCUGAAGUGGAUCAAAUGAGUUCUCUUUUGGAUUACAAGAAUGAAGAAGUCCGAUUCAUUGAGAAUGAGUUGGAGAAUCACAAACAGAAGUAUUUUGAACUACAGACGUUUACUCGGAGUUUGAUACUAGCUAUUAAAUCAGAUGAUAAAGAACAGCAGCAGGCACUGCUCUCAGACUUACCUCCUGAACUAGAAGAAAUGGAUUUCAAUCAUGCAUCCCCAGAGCCUGAUGAUACCUCAUUCAGCUUGUCGUCUUUAUCAGAGAAAAAUGCCUCAGACAGUUUGUGAUUUAUUUUUUUUAAUUGACAAAAAAGAAGCCCUGUGUAACAUAUAGGUUUCAAGAGAACAGCAUUUUGCUGUCCAGUGUUCUACAGCCCAAAAAAGAAAGGCCAAGGUGAAGCAGACCUUCCCGAAGGACGGCUGUAGUACAUCAUGGCUACAGUUUGCAGUGUCAAGAAAUUUCGAAUGUUGUUUUUGGUAAAUGAAAGAACUGUGUGAGGAGUGGUUUCACUUUUAGCAGUUUGGCUUUGAUUAGGAUAAUUUCUGACUUUCCAGAAUAACUCUUGCUCUGUAGCAGUCGUUUUGAGCAAGGAUCCAGGAAUGGAACAAGAAUGUUACACAGACAGCUAAUUCUGCAGAGUUGCUUGCUCGCCAGUCCUGUUUAUUAUUUUUUUCCCCAUUUUUACUCAGGUAGGUGGACUAAAAAUUGGGAAUCCAAAUAGAGUAACGGGCUUGUUAUGAGUUUUGCUUGAACCCUUUUGAAAUCUGAAAUUAAACUAAAGUGUUUUUCAUUAUGUGACUUCAGAUUGUUGAAUCUUCCAUUUUCUGACCAAAACAGCUGAAGAAGCUUUGAAAGGCUGAGAAAUUUGAAUUAUUGUCAAUAAAUUAUUCAUAUAAAGAAGCAGUCAUAAGUGUUGUAACAAAUUAGAUGGCUAUGGGAAACCCGAUAGCUGCAGAAUGCAACUUUCUGAUAUUCUCACAGUAGCAAUGGGAUUAGAUGUUUACACUGCUGUUUAGGGUUUUAUGAAUGUAGUUACAGUUUUUCUUUGACAAAGUCUGAAUGCUAAAGGUCUCUUGAUUGUUUUAAGUAUUGGUUAUAUAUUUUUCCACAAACUUUGAUCCAUUUUAUCAAGGUACUGUCAUAAAUCCACAGCUGUCGUUGCAUCCUGAAAGGUAUUCCAGUGUUUGGAAUUGAGCUUUGCAGAUCUUCUAACCGUGACCUGGUUUUUAAGGAGUCCCAUCUGAUGAAGUUUUUGGCAACUGCCACAUUACUGUUGUCAUUUCUGAACUGUGAACUUGAUCACAGGCAGUGGCUUCUUUCCUGGCAGUUCACAUUGAAUCCCUUUACUCAUCUGGUUAAAUGGAUGUGCAGACACAUUCAGAUAAAUCUAGUAGGACAUGUAUGUGCAUGCCCAUAGUACUGAUGCUCUGUAAUUGCUAAUCUGAGUAUUCCUCAGCAAGUAUUUUUGAAACAGGUACCUUCACAGUUUGGUAAAAAGCCUGCUCUUUCAAUUUUAUACGAAAUAAUUAUUUACUCCGGUGAAUCCUUAUUCAUACAGUACAGUAAGCCCUUCAUUUCAGUUAGAGGUCCAAGGUGCAGCUCAGAAAAUCCAGUGUUGGGGAAAUAGCACAGUAUUUUUGGGGGGGGUUUCCCUUUAAUACUGGGAUUAACUCACAAUUUUAGGUUUUUCUCAGUCUGGUCUGUUCCUCCCUCACUUCUAUAACUUUUUAUUUUUAUUAUUGUCAGUAGUGAGCUCUGUUCUUUCAGGUUUUUUUCUGACUCUGUGUUGUCCUUGGGCACAGGGAACUUUCAACAAUGUUUUUAAAUGCCUACUGCAUAAAGGAUAGUAGCAGUUUUCAGUUUCACAGUUCUGGCUGCCAUGCAAUUCAGUUUGCUCCCAAAAGACCUCUUACCAUCUCUUCUACUGAGUAACCCCACAAAAGCAAGCUCUUGGGCCUGUAUUUGAGUUCAGGCGUUAAACUCAGAGCAGGACCCAAGGAGAGAGGGAAGGUGCUGUGUAAGGGGGAGGUGAGGGGUUGGUUAUUCAUCCUGUCACUGCUGAGCUGGACUGUUCAUCCCGGCUGGCAGACACCU